AAGAUAAAACUGCCAGUUACAGCCCAGGGGAGUUAAGCCUUCCUAGGUUGGCCUGGGAGCUGAGCAGAGAGUCAUGGGGUCUCUGGUUCUGCCGCUGAGCGCCGUCUUUUGCCUGGUGGCUCACUCGGCUUCUGGCAGCCCCAUUAUGGGCCUUGAGCAGUCGCCCCUGGAAGAAGACAUGCCCUUCUUUGAUGAUAUCUUCAUGGAGCAAGAUGGUAUUGACUUCAACACACUGUUGCAGAGCAUGAAGAACGAGUUUCUCAAGACGCUGAACCUGUCGGACAUUCCUGUGCAGGACACNGGCAGAGUGGAUCCACCAGAGUACAUGCUGGAGCUCUACAAUAAAUUCGCCACAGACCGGACCUCCAUGCCGUCUGCUAACAUCAUCCGGAGCUUCAAGAACGAAGAUCUGUUUUCUCAACCAGUCACUUUUAAUGGGCUCCGGAAAUAUCCUCUCCUCUUCAAUGUGUCUAUCCCUCACCACGAAGAGGUCGUCAUGGCUGAACUGCGGUUGUACACGCUGGUGCAGAGAGAUCGUAUGAUGUAUGAUGGCGUGGACCGUAAAAUUACCAUUUUUGAGGUACUAGAGAGUGCAGACGGUAGCGAGGAGGAGAGGAGCAUGCUGAUCUUAGUAUCAACAGAGAUCUACGGAACCAACAGUGAGUGGGAGACAUUUGACGUCACGGAUGCCACCAGACGUUGGCAAAAGUCAGGCCCAUCAACCCAUCAGCUGGAGAUCCACAUAGAAAGCAGACAAAACCAAGCUGAGGACACNGGAAGGGGACAACUGGAAAUAGAUAUGAGUGCCCAGAAUAAGCAUGACCCUUUGCUGGUUGUGUUUUCUGAUGACCAAAGCAAUGACAAGGAACAGAAAGAAGAACUGAAUGAAUUGAUNACCCAUGAGCAGGAUCUGGACCUGGACUCCGACGCUUUCUUCAGUGGGCCCGAUGAAGAGGCUCUGCUGCAGAUGAGGUCGAACAUGAUCGAUGAUUCGUCCGCUCGGAUCAGGAGGAACGCCAAGGGGAACUACUGUAAGAAGACCCCACUGUACAUCGACUUCAAGGAGAUUGGGUGGGACUCCUGGAUCAUUGCUCCUCCUGGGUACGAAGCCUAUGANUGCCGGGGUGUGUGUAACUACCCUCUGGCGGAGCACCUCACACCUACAAAACAUGCAAUUAUUCAGGCCUUGGUCCACCUCAAGAAUUCCCAGAAAGCUUCCAAAGCCUGCUGCGUGCCCACGAAGCUGGAUCCCAUCUCCAUCCUCUAUUUAGAUAAAGGUGUCGUCACCUACAAGUUUAAAUAUGAAGGGAUGGCUGUGUCUGAGUGUGGCUGUAGAUAGGAGAGGAGAGGCGUCCCAUGGCUUAUUUAAUAACUGCAGAUGUGUAUAUUUUGUGUUCUAUUUAAUGAGACUAUUUAAUGAAGGUGUACAGAUAAUAGAGGUUGCCACCUUAGGGAACUGUGCUGUAGGAAAUGUGUAUUUUGCUCCACAAUCCAGUCCCGUCCAGUUAUCUUCUUUCCCAGUGAUACCAUCUCUUAACAGGCCCGCAUCAUUUAUGCUUUCUGGCAGUUUGGAAAGAGCAAGCCUUACAGGAAAGAGUGUCAACACACAUGUAUUUGUGCACGUNCAUGCAGGUGCACGUGAACUUUAAAAAGUCUUUUUGCUCAACAGGCAGACUAUAUUUUUACAUGUGAGUGACUUCCUCCAGAAUGUAUGUAUUACAGGAUAUGGGAUUUAGGCCAAGAAAGUUCUUUUUGGGAGUUUAACCAUCUAGAGAUGUGUAUUUCCCAAAUGUUNGGGGGAUGUAAAUGUAGUUCUUUUCAAUUGUAUCUGCUAUGGCUCAGAGCAGCAGGCUUGAUGAGNCUGCUUCAAGUUCAAGAUGUGGAUGGGGUUGUCAGAUAACAAAACAAAUGGCCUUGACAGGCAAUGGUCCCAGAGAUGCCGUUGCAAAGAAUAAGCCCCUGGGUCAUAUACUUCUGAGGACAGUUCCUGGUCAGGAAAGAUGGGGGAGAGGGUCUUUCAGGAUUGNCACUCCCUUAGUCAACAGGAGGGAAGGCCACAUGUACCACCCCUUAGUGCUACAAAGGGNCAUGGAGGUGGUUGAGGGAGAUGGGGGAAGAAGGGCUCAGAUGUCCUCAUGAGUGGUGGUAAAGCCAUCACAAUUCUAGUGGAAUUAUUAACUCUUUUUGGACAGAAUAAAACAGCCCAAGACUGAGAGGACUUGAGGAAGCUGUCUGAGGACACAGUUGACAAUACUCCUCACUCUAUGGCCUCCUUCCCUUGCUGGGCACCUCUGCCUUCCCCUCUGUUCUCUUCCCUUUGUUUAAUUGCCUUCCCAUCAUGCCUCUUGUCUUCCUGUCUUUCUCUCCUUCAUCAUCCAUGGAGGAGGCAGCAGACAUGACAUGACAGGGGGACCUGAAACCAUUCUCCCUCAGUAUAAAAUCAGCUAGCGAGCUGACUGCUAGACUUAUCCUGGAAAUCUAAUUGGAUUGGAUUUGANUUACAUACUUUGUGCUAUGUUUGCCAUGAAGAAUACAGAACAGAAGAAUAGAGUCNAAGUAAACACACUCAAGCCCAUGAAUUAGCAGAGACAUAAGCAAACCACUCAAAUGUUGAGCUUGAACUUUGAAGUCAGCCUUGAUCUGGGGAGAAAUCCUCUAGCACCCCCAUUCUUUUCACCUCCUUUCUGUUUGAAACUCUUGUCCAUCAUCAGGUAGGUUGUAAGGACACUGAGAUNCUGGUGCAAGCCCUACCACUUCCUGUUAAGAUCCUCGACUCUAUGUAGGCGGAGCUAGAGCAGGCAAGUUCUGAGUCACCACAGCAUCAGCAGACAAAUGACACAGUGACUCACAUGAGAAGCAGGAAUAUGGCCUCAGUAUAUUACCCAACCCUUCCCUAUUGGUUAUAUAUAUAUAAAUGCCGGGCUAGUUAUCAGCUUCCUUUCCCUAAACUUCUUAGGGCUAUAUAUUCAGAUUGUCCUGUUAAGGACNGGUAUUUUCCGAAUUUGGACUUCAACUCUAUAUAUCUAGUCACUCAAAAUACAAAUCUCAGAGAAGCUGUUGCCCUGGAAGUGGAAUACUUUGAUCAUCAAUGAGAGCAUGAUGAGGGACAUUAGGUUGGCUGAGAUGGCUGUUCAACUAAGAAGCAUCCAUGUUAGCCUCUUUCUAACCCCAUGUGUUUGAGUGCACGCAUGAAUCUGAACAUGUAUAGCUGGCAUUGGCUAGCCGUGCCAGCAACCCUAAGGAACUGGUACAGCCUUCACACUCUAUGGUACACGACACAUACUCAUACUCCACGGUACUGCAGAUCCUUUCUCAAGGAGACUAUCACGGACAUAAUAAUAAAAUAAUUUUAGCUUAGCAGGCAUAGUUUCUUCUAAGUUCUAGUCAUGGCUCAGCUUUGUAAUUUCAAUAGUUUAGAUGUGUCGUGUGAUGCCAAAUGGCUUGCAAACUCCAGGAAAACAUGACAGCCAGGUCCUCAGAGCUGCAUGCCUUCUGGCCACAGAACAUCACUGACAUUAGCAUUCUGAUACUAGAGGUGUCAGCUCUUGUAUCCUGGCAUACCCACUACCAGAGUUGAGGCUGUCUGCAAACCCCACAUGCUUCUCCAUUUACUACAGCGCUUGCUCAUGUAAGCGGUGCUUUCAUGAUGGUCUUCUUGGAGAAAGGCAUGCACAUAGCAUAGCUGCGUGUUGGAUAGUCAAGUGUUACUGUUUUCACUAUUGUUAUGAAUUUGCUUCCUUAUCAGAAAGUGGAGUGACAAAAGCCAUAAAUAGAAACAUUCUUCUCUCUCCUCCCAACAGCUGCUUGCUGCCUUUCCAUUUCACAGACUUAACCUGAAGCCACAGAACGGGCAGGUUCUCAGGAAACUGAAACGUAACCUAUACAUUUCUUCAAUGACAGGUCUUCCACUGUGGCUUGCCCAUACCAGUCUUGUUUUCUUUUUAUUUCUUAUGCUUUGAUGGAAAAAGCUAAUAACGAUUCUUUGAGCAGCAGGGGCACUUGGCAGCCACCNGACCCCACCCCAUGCAACUCCACCUGCACGGUCGUGUAAAAGUUUCUAGGCUUCUUACUAUUUAUUGAUUAAUAUAUUUAUUUUUGUAAUAUAGUGUAGAAUAUUAAAAUUUUAUUUUUAUGUGUGUGACUCCCUCUCGAAUAAAAUAGCCUUUUCUGCAGCUCCCAGUGUAUCCUUUCCAGGAAUGUAGCUCACUUAGAAUCGGCACCUGUAUGUCCACCUCUGCUUUUUGCAUCAAACUGUCCUGUUAUUUUAAGGGAUCCGGCCAUGGCUUUAUGUAUUUGUGUCUUGUGGGCAAAAACUGUGAGCCCCUCCCUGUGUCUGCUGAUGUGUAAGUAGCAGAGUUCAACUGAAGAGCAAAUGUUUCGGAGGCAUUUUGUCAAUAAAUGACAUGCUAUCCCCUAACUCACCACGCUUCGCCUUAUUUAUUGUGAGAGGGCAUCUGUCAGCCAUAAGUGAAUAUGACUGCUACCCCAUUAAUGCAAGUGCCAUUUUGUUGGACAUGUCCCCCAAAGAAGGGGUCUCUUUUCUGAAAAUGCCCAUUACCUCCCUGAUCUGCUAAUUCAGACAAACAGUGGUACCCAAAAGUCAAUGUAGUGACUUCAGAGUGGCCCUUUCAGCACCCCACCGUUUUCCAGUC